CAUUACUUUGAAAACCUCCUCCGGCAUCCUCCGCUUCUGUGUCAAACAUGUUUUGAGCAUGAAUUAGCUCUGUGCAGUUGCUUUAUUUCUGUAGUUUUUAACCUUAAAUGUAAAUCGCCAUGACGACCAACUUCAUCCGUGUGCGGCUGCACUUUGACUACGCCCCGCCGGCCGUGCUGGGCUGCCGCAUGUGCUGGCUGCUGGUGGACCUGCGCUCGUGCCGUGUGGUGGCCGACCUCGAGGGCAUCAUCCGGGACAAGUUCGAGCUGAGCCGCGGCAGCAUCGUCAGUCUGUUCAUCGACGACUGUUACCUGCCCCACACCGAGAGCGUCCUGCUGGUGCGGGACAACGACUGUGUGCGGGUGAAGGUGGACAGCGUCUCUACAGCUCAGAAGUCUCCAGAAGCCCCCGGUAAAAACAAACGCAAGCGGCAAAGACCUGCAGAAGACGAGGGAUCGCUUGAAAAUUCAUCGGGUUUGGAAUUUAAAAAGAAAAAGAGGAAAAGGAGCGUUGUGGAGAGCCCUGCUGUGAACGGUCUACAGACAGAGACUGAGCAGACGGACACAAACCCGACCAAAAAGGACAAAAAGAGACAAAAGGAGGAAAAGGAGAAAGCGAAAACGAAAAGUACUCCUCCUCCGGUCAAAGCAAGUCCGAGUGUGAAGAAAUCUGCAACAAAUACUCCAAAAAUACUGAAUACUACUGCGACAAAGAAGCCUCAGAUUGCUUCUUCUUCAAGUACGAGCAGUGAGGAGGAAGAACCAGUAAGAAAGAUUCCUGCUCCUAAACCGGUAUCUAAACCUGCCCUCGCGUCUCCCAAAACGAUCCAAAAUGGUCGACCCGCUUCCAAAAAACUCCCCCCUCCAUCCUCCUCGUCGUCCUCGGACACGGACUCACCCUCGGAGGAAGAAGAAGGCAAAACCGCAAAAGCGAAAAUGACGAAUGAUACGUCGAAAUCGGCGGAGGCGUCGCAGCGGUCCGCCGACAACGUGAUCCAAAACGGAGGAGACGAGAGCGAGGAGGAGAUCCGGUUGGUGAUCAAGAAGCCGGUGCAGCAUCCACACGGACGCAUCGUGCUGGGGCAGACGUGGCAGCAGGGAGGAGGGGAGGCGGGAAGAGGAAGAGGAGCAGGGAGAGGGAAGCCGGAGCCCAGGGAGUCGUGGGGCAAAGGGAGAGGAAGAGGAAGAGGAAGAGGAGGCAACUGCGUCCAGUACGACUAUCAGGAGAAAGAGACGGGCAAGAAGGAGGCGUCGUACAGCACGGACUCACUCACCAACGUGUCUGUGGUUCUACAGAACGGCCCAAGUGUCCCCAGACCUGACUACAGCACCAUGCCUCUGCUGGCGGCGCCUCCACAGGUGGGACAGAAAAUCGCCUUUAAGCUUUUGGAACUGACGGAGAACUAUACACCAGAGGUAUCCGAUUAUAAAGAGGCAAAGAUUUUAAGUUUUGACCCAAACACCAAACAGAUUGAGCUGGAACUACUCACUUCUUUAAAAGCUCCGGUCGAGCCCGGGAAGUUUGACCUGGUCUAUCAGAAUCCAGAUGGGUCCGAGAGUGUGGAGUACGCGCUGGACAGAGGAUCUUUAGUAACUGAGAGGUGGGAUUCUCUGCUCGAACCAAGACUCAUCAUUUAAAGUGGAUCUAACGAAGUGAAGCAAAACCUGUGAAUCUUGGAUUAUUCCAGUGUUAACGAAUCGAUAGGUUACCGUUCAUUUUAAAUGCUUUUUACUGGUCUGUAAUUUGCUUUUAUGAACCCUGAUUUGUUAAUGGGUGUACAACGAUGACAUGUUUUUAUUUUUGUACAAAUAUGUGAAUGUAAAUGUUUCCUAAUUAAACUAUAAAAUCUAAACAACA